AUGCCUUACAUCGGUGCUUCCAACCUCUCAGAACAUUCAUUUGUCAAUUUGAAAGAAAAACAUGCGAUUACACAUAAAGGUACUGGUAGUUCUGCAGCAUCAUUGCAGACACCACCGAGCCCCGAUCAAGAGAACCAUAUUGACAAUGAGUUAAGGAAUUACGAUACGUCUUUAAGCGACAUUUCAACCCCGAAUAAAAACGAAGGUGAUGAGUUCGAGCAGAGUUUAAGGGAUACAUUUGCCAGCUUCCGCAAGACUAAACCACCACCUCCUUUAGAUUUUGAACAACCGCGACUUCCUUCCACGGCGUCUUCAUCCAUCGAUUCAACUGUAUCUUCGCCGUUGACGGAUGAAGACAUAAAGGAGUUAGAAUUUCUUCCGAAUGAAUCAACUCAUUCUUACUCGUAUAAUCCACUUUCGCCAAAUUCUCUGGCAGUCAGAUUGAGAAUUUUGAAGAGAUCGCUGGAAAUUAUAAUACAAAACCCAAGUAUGCUACUUGAGCCUACUCCAGAUGAUUUACCUCCUUUGAAAGAGUUUGCAGGCCGUAGGAGAAGCUUGCCAAGGACAUCAGCCUCCGCGAACCAUUUGAUGAAUAGGAAUAAGAGCCAAAUCUGGAAUACCACUUCCGCUACUUUAAAUGCAUUUGUAAAUAAUACCUCUUCUUCUCCAGCAGCAUCUUCUGCUUUAUCCAGCAAAAAAAUGGGCACCCCAGUUUUCCCUAAUUUGGAUCCAACACAUUCUCAAACAUUCCAUAGAGCCAAUUCAUUGGCUUAUUUACCGUCUAUCUUACCCGAGCAAGAUCUACAGCUUAAACGUAAUAGUUCUUUAUUUCGUGGCGACUAUGGAAACAGUAUAAGCCCUGAAAGGCCAAGUUUUAGGCAACCGUUCAAGGAUCAAACUAGUAGCCUUCGCAAUAGCAGUUUACUCAAUGACAGGACUUAUCAAGAAGAAGAAACCUUUUUACCGCACCAUGGACCUUCUAUUGACCUAUUGAAUGAGCAAAGAGCGAACUUGAAAAGUCUUCUGAAUUUACUAAACGAAACAUUGGAGAAAAACACUUCCGAAAGAGCAUCGGAUCUUCAUAUGAUAUCGCUAUUCAAUUUGAAUAAAUUGAUGCUUGGAGAUCCCAAGAAAAAUAAUUCGGAACGCGAUAAAAGAACUGAAAAGCUGAAGAAAAUUUUGCUGGAUAGUCUUGCAGAACCAUUUUUUGAGCACUAUAAUUUUAUCGAAGAUAAUCCGAUCGGAGAUACAGAUGAACUCAAGGAGGAAAUCGAUGAAUUUACGGGUUCUGGAGACACGACGGCGAUAACAGAUAUACGGCCGCAACAGGACUAUGGUCGAAUAUUGAGGACAUUCACCUCUACCAAGAAUUCCGCCCCACAGGCAAUUUUUACAUGCAAUCAAGAGAACCCUUGGCAAUUCAGAGCUGCAAAUGACCUAGCGUGCUUAGUAUUCGGUAUCUCGCAGAAUGCCAUUCGUGCCUUAACUUUAAUGGAUUUAAUUCACACAGAUAGCAGAAAUUUUGUUUUACACAAACUGCUAUCUACCGAGGGUCAGGAAAUGGUUUUCACGGGCGAAAUUAUUGGUAUUGUUCAACCAGAAACACUUAGCUCAUCUAAAGUAGUAUGGGCAUCGUUUUGGGCAAAAAGAAAGAACGGCUUAUUAGUUUGUGUUUUCGAAAAAGUUCCUUGCGACUAUGUUGAUGUGCUUUUAAACCUGGAUGAUUUUAGUGUCGAAAGCAUUGUAGACAAAUGUGAGUUAUUAUCAGAUGGACCCACAUUGUCUUCCUCUUCUACUUUAUCGCUACCUAAGAUGGCCUCUUCACCAAACGGUAGUAAGUUGGAGUAUUCUUUGGAAAGGAAGGUCCUUGAAAAGAGUUAUUCAAAGCCCACUUUAACUGAUGAUCGCAACGGCGAUGAAAAUCAAUUUGAUGGAGAUAGUCAAUCUGAAUCAUCACUGUCAUUAUCACCAGUGAGGACGAAAAAAAGUGUAAAAUUCGCAAAUGAUAUUAAAGAUGUUAAGAAUAUAAGCCAAUCGUUAGCUAAAUUAAUGGAUGAUGUGAGGAAUGGGGUAGUAUUUGAUCCCGAUGAUGAUCUCUUGCCUAUGCCCAUCAAAGUUUGCAACCACAUUAAUGAAACGAGAUAUUUUACUUUAAAUCAUCUAUCUUAUAAUAUUCCAUGCGCAGUAUCCUCUACUGUCUUGGAGGAUGAGUUAAAAUUGAAAAUUCAUAGUUUACCUUACCAGGCGGGUUUAUUUAUUGUGGAUUCGCAUACUCUAGAUAUUGUGAGUUCCAAUAAGUCUAUUCUGAAAAACAUGUUUGGUUAUCAUUUCGCUGAGCUCGUAGGAAAAUCCAUCACUGAAAUAAUUCCAUCAUUUCCAAAAUUUCUGCAAUUUAUCAACGACAAAUAUCCCGCAUUAGAUAUUACACUUCAUAAGAAUAAAGGUCUGGUAUUAACAGAACAUUUUUUUAGGAAAAUUCAGGCAGAGAUUAUGGGUGAUCGUAAGAGCUUUUAUACGUCGGUAGGUAUUGAUGGGCUUCAUAGGGAUGGCUGUGAAAUCAAGAUUGAUUUCCAACUACGUGUCAUGAAUUCUAAAGUGAUUUUACUUUGGGUUACACAUUCAAGAGACGUCGUGUUCGAAGAAUAUAAUACUAAUCCGUCACAAUUGAAGAUGUUGAAAGAGAGCGAAUUAAGUCUGAUGAGCAGUGCAAGUAGUUCUGCCAGCUCUUCCAAAAAAUCCUCGGCUCGGAUAUCUACUGGGGCGUUGAAGGACAUGAGUAAUCUGUCAACGUAUGAGGAUUUAGGCCACCGGACGAAUAAGCUUAAAUAUGAAAUUGGGGGGGAAUCGACAGCUCAUUCCGAAUCAACUUUGUCUGAACAGGACCAAGCUCCCUUGGAAGACGAAAAGGAUAGCGGUGAAAUAAUACUUGCUGAUCCUGAAAUGAAGCACAAAUUAGAAUUGGCCAAGAUUUACUCAAGAGAUAAAUCCCAAUUUGUGAAAGAAGGAAAUUUCAAAGUUGACGAAGAUUUGAUUAUUAGCAAAAUUUCACUAUCUCCAAGCUCUGAAUCAUUGGCAGACUCUAAAAGUUCUGGGAAAGGACUCUCCCCACUUGAAGAGGAAACGUUAAUUGAUAGGAACGCUACAGAAAACGGAUUAGCGAAAACACCGAAAGACGAAGACGGCAUCAUAAUGACUAAGAAGCGAGGAAACCAACCUGUUAGUACUUUCCUGCGCACCCCCGAAAAGAACAUCGGUGCCCAAAAGCACACUAAGAAGUUUUCGGAUUUUGUAGGUCUGCAAAAAAUGGGCGAAGGUGCAUAUGGUAAAGUCAACCUAUGUAUUCAUAAGAAGAAUAGAUAUAUCGUGGUGAUCAAGAUGAUCUUUAAAGAAAGAAUUCUUGUCGAUACAUGGGUUAGAGAUAGGAAGUUAGGUACUAUACCUUCUGAGAUUCAAAUUAUGGCCACGUUGAACAAAAACCCCCAUGAGAAUAUUUUACGGUUACUAGAUUUUUUUGAAGACGAUGACUACUAUUAUAUCGAGACCCCCGUACAUGGCGAAACAGGAUGCAUAGAUCUUUUCGAUCUGAUUGAAUUUAAAACCAACAUGACAGAAUUUGAGGCCAAGUUGAUAUUCAAGCAGGUAGUCGCGGGAAUAAAACAUCUACAUGAUCAAGGUAUUGUUCACAGAGAUAUCAAGGACGAGAAUGUUAUCGUAGAUUCCAAAGGUUUCGUCAAGAUUAUCGAUUUUGGAUCUGCUGCGUACGUCAAAAGCGGACCGUUUGACGUUUUCGUUGGGACAAUAGAUUAUGCUGCCCCUGAAGUCUUGAGUGGGAAUCCUUAUGAGGGCCAACCACAGGAUAUUUGGGCUAUCGGUAUUCUAUUGUAUACCGUGGUCUUCAAAGAGAACCCCUUCUACAAUAUAGAUGAAAUAUUGGAAGGUGAUCUGAAAUUCAACAACGCGGAGGAAGUUAGUGAAGACUGCAUUGAGCUCAUCAAGAGCAUUCUGAACCGUUGCGUACCGAAGAGGCCCACCAUAGACGAUAUAAAUAAUGACAAAUGGUUGGUUAUUUAA